AUGAUCACCAACAGUAUCAACGUCGAAGUUACUGCAAUAUACGAAGUGAUCACUGUCAUUGACUGGUUUAUGGACCGUUUCCGAACUGCAAUCAAUGUCACUGGGGAUCUUUAUGGAGCUGCCAUUGUGAUAAAGACGAAGAUGUCGGAGACUGGUCGUUGCGUCAGACCGGGCAAUGAUUGA